AUGGGGUUUACCUGUCCCAGUGAUAUCCCUGUCAUGGGGUUUUCAUGUCCCAGUGAUAUCCAUGUCAAGGGAUUUUCAUGCCUCAGUGAUAUCCCUGCCAUGGGGCUUUCGUGUCUCAGUGAUAUCCCUGCCAUGGGGCUUUCAUGUCCCAGUGAUAUCCUUGCCAUGAGGUUUUCAUGUCCUCGUGAUAUCCCUGCCAUGAGGCUUUCAUGUCUCAGUGAUAACCUUGCCAUGGGAUUCUCAUGUCCCGGUGAUAUGCUAUGAGGUUUUCAUGUCCCAGUGAUAUCCCUGCCAUGGGGCUUUCGUGUCUCAGUGAUAUCCCUGCCUUGGGGCUUUCAUGUCCCAGUGAUAUCCCUGCCGUGGGGCUUUCAUGUCUCAGUGAUAUCCCUGCCAGGGGGUUUUUAUGUCUCAGU